GGCUCUUGAUAUGUGCGAAAAAGAGCAAUUUUUAAACCAAUGAAUUUAGAAAAACGCGAAGAUUUGAAACUAAGAUGUGGGGGUUCUUGGAAAUUGGUUUUGAGACUCUUGUUGGCCGGAGAAACAUGUUCUAGAAGGGAAAAGUCUCAGGCUAUAGCCGGGCCGGGCCAUAGUAUCGCCGUGACUUCAAAAGGGUCUGUUUAUACUUUUGGGUCAAAUAGCUCGGGCCAAUUAGGUCAUGGAACUACCGAAGAGGUGUCUCGGCCUCGCUUAAUCAGAUCUUUGGAAGGAAUACGUAUAAUACACGCAGCAGCAGGGGCGGGUCGAACAAUGUUAAUCAGUGAUUCAGGGCAGGUUUACGCCUUUGGAAAAGACUCAUUUGGGGAAGCAGAGUAUGGAGCUUAGGGAAGUAAACAAGUCAACACUCCUCAAAUAGUCGAUUCUUUGAAAGACAUAUUCGUCGUACAAGCUGCUAUUGGAAAUUUCUUUACAGCUGUAUUAUCACGAAUCACAGUCUUCAUUCCCAUGGCAGAAGUUAAUUGAGAAUCAUGAUUAGAUUAAGCUUCAUAGCAUUGCACGGCAUAAGUUAAACACCACAUUGAAGGUCUUGGAAAUUUGGCUGCUGCACUUGAAUCUCCUAAAUCUUGGGUUAUAUGUGUUAUGCUGACCGUAGCUAAUAAAUACACUCUUGGUGUCAUUUAUGCAAGAGGCUUGAUUGGAAC